AGAGAAAAGGGCCAUGGAAGGUACAUCAAACACGACGCAGCCUUCGGAUCUCAAGGCUCAGCAUAGGAGAUUUUUCAAACUUAGAGUUUGUCCUCAUCUGGAACAAGCAAAGGAACUAAAAUUUUUAUCAAGCAACUUGCUGAGUUACUGCAAAGAUUUAGCUAAUGAGGGCACAGAUAUGUCAACGGAAUCGUAUGGGACCGUCACUUUUGCCCAAGUGACUAAAGAUGCGGAUCCCAUGACUGAAGCUGUGACCUUGAAGACAGCCUACACUUACAGUGCACAGUCAGCAGUAACCAGCCUGAAGCCAGAGAUGGGUGCGGCAUACAAUAUUUCUGACACGGAGCUUGGCCUAUUACUGUGUCAGAACUUUCAUUUAAUAGAUAAUUCCGUGUCCUUUAUAGCAAGACGGACUCUAGGACUGUACUGUAAAGUUAUGAAUUUUACAGAUACAGGAACGAGUACGGCCGCCACCACGGAAGUGACGUCUGCACGCAAGCUUACCACAACAGCGGCCGCAGGCACAUCUGAAGGACCUUUCGACACAAGUCGUGUCCCUGAUGCUGAGCAAGCUGCGACGAGCUUGACGCAACAAGAGGAACCCUCUUCACACAUCUCGUCCUUGACCAAACUCAGAGAAGUGUGCAGACAUCUGAAUCAAGUAAAGAAUAAAAUGUUUGGACCAUUUUUACAGGGGCUCUGCAAGCACGUCGGUGAACCAGACACAGAUCUGUCGGCGGAAUCGAUUGGGACCGUCACUGCUACCCUAGUGACUAAAGAUGCCGAUGCCAUUACUGAAGCUGUAACUGCUGUGACCUUGAACACAGCCAACACUUACGGUGCACAGUCAGCAGUAACCAGCGUGGAACCAGAGACGGGAGUGACAUACAAUAUUUCUGACACGGAGCUUGGCCUAUUAGUGUGUCAGAACUUUCAUUUAAUAGAUAAUUCCGUGUCCUUUAUAGCAAGACGGACUCUUGGACUCUAUUGUAAAAUUAUGAAUCCUACAGAUACAGAAACGAGUACGGCCGCCACCACGGAAGUGAUGUCUGCACGCAAGCUUACCACAACAGCGGCCGCAGGCACAUCUGAAGGACCUUUCGACACAAGUCGUGUCCCUGAUGCUGAGCAAGCUGCGACGAGCUUGACGCAACAAGAGGAACCCUCUUCACACAUCUCGUCCUUGACCAAACUCAGAGAAGUGUGCAGACAUCUGAAUCAUGUAAAGAAUAAAAUGUUUGGACCAUAUUUACCGGGGCUCUGCAAGCACGUCGAUGAACCAGACACAGAUCUGUCGGCGGAAUCGAUUGGAACCGUCACUGCUACCCUAGUGAUUAAAGACGCCGAUGCCAUUACUGAAGCUGUAACUGCUGUGACCUUGAACACAGCCAACACUUACGGUGCACAGUCAGCAGUAACCAGCGUGGAACCAGAGACGGGAGUGACAUACAAUAUUUCUGACACGGAGCUUGGCCUAUUAGUGUGUCAGAACUUUCAUUUAAUAGAUAAUUCCGUGUCCUUUAUAGCAAGACGGACUCUUGGACUCUAUUGUAAAAUUAUGAAUCCUACAGACACAGAUCUGUCGGCAGAAUCGAUUGGGACCGUCACUGCUACCCUAGUGACUAAAGACGCCGAUGCCAUUACUGAAGCUGUAACUGCUGUGACCUUGAACACAGCCAACACUUACGGUGCACAGUCAGCAGUAACCAGCGUGGAACCAGAGACGGGAGUGACAUACAAUAUUUCUGACACGGAGCUUGGCCUAUUUGUGUGUCAGAACUUUCAUUUAAUAGAUAAUUCCGUGUCCUUUAUAGCAAGACGGACUCUUGGACUCUAUUGUAAAAUUAUGAAUCCUACAGAUACAGGAACGAGUACGGCCGCCACCACGGAAGUGAUGUCUGCACGCAAGCUUACCACAACAGCGGCCGCAGGCACAUCUGAAGGACCUUUCGACACAAGUCGUGUCCCUGAUGCUGAGCAAGCUGCGACGAGCUUGUCGCAACAAGAGGAACCCUCUUCACACAUCUCGUCCUUGACCAAACUCAGAGAAGUGUGCAGACAUCUGAAUCAAGUAAAGAAUAAAAUGUUUGGACCAUUUUUACCGGGGCUCUGCAAGCACGUCGAUGAACCAGAUUGUGAAUCGUGUCGUAGUGGCCCCUUAUCAGUCAGAGGGCCCGCACAAUAGAUAUGCAAGGUGGGCUGCCGACCUCACUUCAGUAGUUCAUAUCAAAGCAUCGCCAGUGAAUCUAAACUACAACAGACCUUCCGCAUAAACAGGGCAGUACUUCAUGAAAGCCAGAGAUCCACCAAUUGGAACUAAUGUGACUAAGUGUAGCACUCCACCCAAUCAGUGUUAUAAGCAUGCCAGCAAAGUCUGACCGGCAAUGUGUAUCUACACCAGCUCCCGCCCACUGGAAAUUCGCCCUCAUCUUCUGUAGAAAUUAGUAUCUUCUUGGGUGUAAGCCACUUUGGAAUUGUGUAGCGUAGUAAUUUGCUUGUUAUUACUUCUUUUCGUUGUCUUGUAACUUUUAUCUGGUUUUGCACUACAAGAAUUAUUGUGUUUCUUGUUGUUCUUGAGUUUGAAAAUUUGUGCACGCCAAGAAGGCGUUUUAGUUAAAUAAAGUCUGUUCAAACUUGA